AUGGAUGGCUUACCCAAGGCGUAUUUUCUCGCGGAGAAGAUCACCCAGAAAUUUGGGCAGCACCUCCUUGACCAGUCCGGCAUUCUCGCCACUCCCGAAUCGCAAUCGCUCUGCGUCUUGGAUAAUCUUUGUGGAAUAGGGAUAGUGUCUACCUCUCUGCGGAGCGCACUGUCCCCCCAGACGAGAGAUGGCUUGCACCUGACAUGCCUUGACAUCUCGGGGCCAUCGGUCAAGUAUGUGAAGCAGAAAGGAGACAAAGAAGGAUGGAAGAACUUGCAGGUCAAGGUUGGGGAUGCACAGGACACGCAGCUCCCGUCGUUGGAGUAUCACUACGUCUUCGCCAACAUCGGUCCAACGUUUGUCAAGGACCCUGCCGCGAUGAUGAGGGAAUGCUACCGCAUGCUGAGAGCCCGAGGAGUCGUCGCGGUGUCCGUGUGGAAAGAGGCCGGCUGGUGGGAGGACAUGAAAGAAGCCAUGGCAAGCUUGGGCGACUGUGCCCCCCCCUUCCCUUCCCAGGAGCAGCUGGUCCAGGUGCACACCCAGGAUCCCGGGUGGAAAGAUCCCGGAACCAUCACUCAAACCUUGCAGGGCUUUGGAUUUUCCGACGUCCACGUCACCGAGAAGGCAGAGCAGAGUGUUCUCCAGCAUGUCGACGAGUACAUGCUCAUGCAUGGGAUGGUGUUGGGCUUGAUCAUGCGCUUCUGGACCGAGAGUCAGAGACAAGAGUUGCAGGAACGCGCAUCGGCCGCCAUCGAGAAAUACAUGCGACAGAAGUACGGUGCUGGACCCGUCACUUGGACCUGGGUGGCUUUUGUUGCCACGGGUAAGAAAUGA